AUGUACAAGAAGUGCAUUCGACUGAAAAUCAAACUGCAGUAUUUCUGUGGACUCUGUGCAGACUCAGAGGAGCGGUUGAUCAACUGGCUGCUGGGUAAAGAGCGCUAUAAUAAACUGAUCCGGCCGGCGGUGAACCGGGCAGAGAGAGUGACCGUUCUCCUGCAGGUGUCUCUGGCGCAGCUCAUCAGUGUGAACUGGAAUGAUUAUCGUCUGUCGUGGGACCCGGCGGAGUACGAGGGAAUCGACAAGCUCCGGAUCCCCUCCAGAGACAUCUGGCUUCCUGACAUAGUGCUGUACAACAAUGCCGAUGGGACGUAUGAGGUGACAGUCUUCACCAACGCCAUCGUCCUGUUCAACGGCAGCAUUGCUUGGCUUCCUCCUGCCAUUUACAAGAGCGCCUGCAAGAUCGAGGUCAAGCACUUCCCCUUCGACCAGCAGAACUGCACGCUCAAGUUCCGCUCCUGGACCUACGACCACACCGAGAUCGACCUGCUGCUGAAGUCCGACGCGGCCAGCAUGGACGACUUCACUCCCAGCGGCGAGUGGGACAUCCUGGCUCUACCGGGCCGGAGGACGGUCAGCGCUCUGGACCCCACCUACGUGGAUCUGACCUACGACUUCAUCAUCAAGCGCAAGCCGCUCUUCUACACCAUCAACCUGAUCAUCCCUUGUGUGCUCAUCACCUGGCUGGCCAUCCUGGUCUUCUACCUGCCUUCGGGCUGUGGCGAGAAGAUAACGCUGUGCAUCUCUGUCCUGCUGGCGCUGAUCGUCUUCCUCCUGCUGAUCUCCAAGAUCGUGCCGCCCACGUCGCUGGACGUUCCUCUAAUAGGGAAGUACCUGAUGUUCACCAUGGUGCUGGUGACCUUCUCCAUCAUCACCAGUGUGUGUGUGCUGAACGUGCACCAUCGUUCUCCGAGCACACACAGCAUGCCGGACUGGGUCAAGCUGGUGUUCCUGGUCAGACUCCCAUCGCUGCUGUUCAUGCAGAGACCACGGGGAAACUCAGCCCGUCGCCAGCUGCGGGAUCCCGGAUCAACUUUGCAGGGCUUCAGCAAUCCUCACAAAUCCGCCAUGUCCUCGUCAGCCUCCUCGCUUCUGGCGGCAUCCUCUGCGCUUUCAUUGCCUGGACACUUUUACAGCGGAGCACCUCAGGUCCAGAAAGUAGAUCAUGGGCACGCUGGGUUCCUGCCUGAUGCACACAGCUCCACACAGGACCUGAGAGAGAGCAGGCCAGCUCCAGACUGGGGAUCUGAGAUCCAGGAGGCCGUGGAUGGUGUUAGCUACGUAGCGGAUCACAUGAUGGGAAAUGACAACGAUCAAAGUGUCAUCGAGGACUGGAAGUACGUGGCCAUGGUGGUGGACCGCCUGUUUCUGUGGAUCUUUGUGAUUGUGUGUGUGGUGGGAACACUGGGUCUGUUCCUCCAGCCGCUCUUCCAGAGCCAGACCACCACCAGACCAGACGGGGUGUGAGCUGGAGAUCUCAAUCAACUCAUGCUUUAUAUAUGUACAGUUGUGUUCAAAAUUAUUCAACCCCCUAGAGACUGCAGUACUUUACAAAUACAAGCUUUUCUGAAGAUCCAGGAUAAAAUAAAAUGUUUAUCUAUAACAGUUCACUGGCAUAUUAAAAGUGAUAUUGUCAAUAUAUAAUGUAAUACUUUUGAGUUAUAAGAUUUUUUAAUAAUACUGCUAUGUCAUAAUUAUUCAACCCCUAUUCAACAUUGCUGUUUUUAAAUCACUUAUU